AGGAUUUAGUGGAGAAAGAUGUGAAAUAGUUGAUAGUAAAAUAAUUUUAUCAUUCCAUAAAGAUAUUAUUUUACCACAAACAAUGUUUAUUCAUUUUAUUCGAGCGAUUGAUAAUGGUCCACAUGAAAAUGGUUCUACUUUCAAAACUAUUUUUACUAAUCAAAAACCAGUUACUAUUGAAUGGCCACAUCCAUUUCAUGUCGCUUUUCUUGAUUUUUUUAAUAAUAACUAUUAUUUAAUUAUUGUUCAAAAUAAAUAUAAUCCAUCGACAAAAAUUAUUCGAACAAUUACUCCAUUAGAUCAUUGUAAACAUAUAAGUGAAAUAUUGAAUGAAACUAUCGUUAAACUUCAUCCUCUUCGUCGUAUCAAAUAUUAUCAAUUACCAUGUCAAAAACGUUCACCACUUUUAUCUUGUUUCUAUGAUGAUAAUCAUUUUUGUUUCUGUAAUGAUUAUGAUCAUCAACGUUUGACUAAUUGUUUUGAAUUCAAUCAUGGAAUUGAACAUAAUUGUUUUGGUCAAAGUAAUUGUGAAAAUGGUGCACAUUGUUUACAAAACAAAGCAACUUGUCCACAAACAUCGAUAUGUGUUUGUCCAAAAUGUUUUUAUGGAGUACGAUGUCAAUUUACUUCAAAUUUAUUUGAUCUUUCACUAGAUGCUAUCUUAGGUUAUUAUAUUCAACCACAUAUAAACAUUAAAUAUCAAUCAUCUAUUGUACAAGUUAGUAUAGUAUUGACAAUGAUUUUAAUCAUAGCUGGAAUUAUUGACAGUGUUCUAUCAAUAAUUACAUUUGGAAACAAAGAAGCAUGCAAAGCUGGUUGUGGUCUCUAUUUGUUGACUUCAUCAAUUAUUACUUUACUCAUUGUGAUUAUUUUUGCAUUAAAAUUCUGGAUACUUAUCAUUGCACAAAUAACAUACAUGACAAAUCAAUCAUUUUUAAAGUUUCAAUGUAUUUCCAUAGAUUUUCUUCUACGAAUUGGUCUUAGUAUGGAUCAAUGGUUAAAUGCAUGUGUAGCUAUAGAAAGAACAAUUACUAUAAUAAAAGGAACUAGAUUUGAUCAACACAAGAGCAAACAAAUAGCUAAAUAUAUUAUUCUUAUGCUUCUCUUUACAAUUACUAGCACAACUAUUCAUGAUCCUAUUCAUCGACGUCUACUAAAUGAAAAUGAUGAUGAUGUUGAUGAGAAAAGAAUUUGGUGUAUUGUUAGUUAUUCAAGGAAUCUUCGAGCAUUCAAUUCAUUCAUACUUAUGUUUCAUUUUCUUGUUCCAUUUUUCAUCAAUAUUAUAUCAGCUAUUAUUAUUAUUGUAAUGAUUACUCGACAACGAACAACUCUACGCCAACAUCAACCAUAUAAAAAAUUAUUACGUGAACAAUUUCAACAACACAUAAAUUUAAUAAUCGCUCCAUUUGUUUUAGUUAUUCUUGCUGUGCCACGUCUAAUUAUUUCUUUUGUUGGAGGUUGUAUGAAGUCAACUAGUGGUUCAUGGCUAUCUCUUAUUGGAUAUCUUAUUUCAUUUGUUCCAUCUAUGCUAACUUUUCUAUUAUUUGUUUUUCCAUCAGAAUCUUACAAACAAAUAUUUCGAAAGACUAUCGAACAAUAUGGACGAACAAUCCGAAUAUGA